AUGGAUCUUCGAUCCGUUCUAAACACGUCGGAAGGUGGCGACCGCGCUCCUGUCAAACCCGCGCCGAAGCCGCAACCACCGCCGCAUGUUCAGCAACAGCCUCACCCACAGCAGCAACAGAUGCAACGACCAUCGCAGAGUCCGGCCCAAGCACCCGCUUCACGCCCCUAUUAUCACGAAUACAACCGCCAACAACCGCCUCCUCAUCCCUCGCCCGGAAAACCUAUGCCACAAGAAUACAUUCAGCACGCUGCUCAUCCCCAUCAUCCUCAAUCGCGGCCACCGUCGCAUCAUCAGCCAUCUCCCCAUCAACCGCCGCCUGGUGCGUAUCCACCACAAUCUCCGUACCAGGCACCCGGGCCAUAUCCAGGACGUCCAGUGCCGCCUCCGCUACAACCAGCAGGUUCUUUUCACGAUGCGCGGUCUCCAAGCGGUCCAACUCCAGGUCAAUCCCCUUAUCGAGCUUCAACAACACCUUCUACUGCAUCUGCGUCUGCUGGUUAUCCCUUUCCCCAUACCCAGUCCCCUGCAGAAGUAGCUAGUCCAGUCCAACGACACCGACACUCACCUGCUCAAUACCCUCCUCGGGAAAGCUUCUCACAGGGCCCACAAGUCGGCCCCCCUAGUCAUGUACACGGCCACUAUCCUCCAACUCAGCAACAGCAACAACACCAUCAAAGCUCUAUUCCGCAGACACCUCCUGUCGCCGCUGCAGUUAAUCAGCAAUACCUAAAUCAACGCCCUCCCUCUGCUUCACGCUCCACACAUUCUACUCCAACUCCAACAUCUGCUCAUCCUCAACACCCCUACGGAUUCGCUCAAGGUAGUAGUCCUGUUGUCGCUCCGCGCCCACUUCCUGGGGAAUACGGCCAUAGUCGCCAACCAUCCCAGCCCGCUACGCCCGUCGCUCCGCCUUUGUCCUCUGGAUCAAGACAAACAUCUGGCCCUGGGGUGUUUGCACAGCCUUCGAGUCCAUACCAACAAAGACUUUCAUACGCAGCAGCUACUCCAGUAGCGCAAGCACAGACACAGGCACAAGCACAGACACAGGCACAAGCACAGACACAGGCACAAGCACAGACACAGGCACAAGCACAGACACAGGCACAAGCACAAGUAAAAAGUUCACCACCUCCACCUCCUCCGCCCGCCAAACGUAUAUCUAGCAGUUACGGCUCGCCGGCCCCAGACGUACAUCGACGAUCUCAAUCGCAUAGUGAACGCGCUCCAAGCCCGUCCGUCAGUCCCAAGUCUCGAGUCCCUUCGCUUCACAGCAAUCCCGAUCCGCUUGCUGCGUUAGCGGCAGCAGACGCCAAAAAUAAACAGUCGCAACCGCUUUCUCUUCCGCAACCGAUGGCUAUAGAUACCGAGCGCGCGGCAACCCCUGCCAAGCGCAAACUUGAGGACCGUAUCGACAGCAGUCCCAAGCAAGAGCCAGAGGAGAAGCGAAUCAAGUCAAGCCAGACAAAUGGCGACCAGGUUCCUAUCAAGCGCGAGUCCGAGUCAAGUAUGCCCUCCGCACCUUUGACUAAAAAGCGAAGACUCUAUUCGCAACCGCCUGUAUGGGCACAAGACUCCCGAAGAAUGGGCACGAUGCCAUCGAACGCCAACUUCGUUCUCCAAAAGAGACUUCAUUCACAUAUCAAUGGAAAACAAGAACAAAACACUCGUCCCAGUCGCCAUGCCUCGCCCGAGACCAACAGAGCAGUUCCUGUUGCUCAUGCUGCGCCACCCGCCGAACCAGGUCCACAAGAGAUUCUCGGUCCAUGGGAACCAAGCAUCACAGGAGUCAAACCUUUCGAGGACAUUAGUAGAAAGGUGGCGGAUUUCUUGUUCCUCAACGUGCUCAACGCACCUGAUUUGAUGGAGAUCUCCAGCAAAGGUAUUCAGUUUGAAGUGGAAGCAAAACUCGGCACUUUGAUCGACAAGGACACUGGUCACCGUCGGGUUGAGCGGGGUGUAGCCUCUGAAUGCAUUUUGAUGGAUAGUAGUCGCGUCGCCUUUGAAAGCAGUAUGACUGAGGCCGCCCACAAGAAGAACAACGACUUUCUUAACGAAAUAGUGAAAUCCACACAUCCUCGUGGUCCAGGUGGCGCCAAUCAUCGUGUUCCUGUUGUUUAUAAGCAUCGAAGAGAAAGAGAUCGUUUCUUCGAUUUACCCGCAGACCUACAGGACAGAAUCCCUGGCUGCGUUAGAAACCGUCUAGGAAAAGGAAAACGCAUCCGCGUGCGAGUGACCCACGAUCAGAAAACGCAGGAGGUUCUGGGCAAAAUCAUCAAAGCUCGCGUUGCCGACCUCGACAUUCAUUUUCCACUACUGCCUAUGGACUGCCGUAUCAGUAUCAACCUUGAGAUGGAUUGGGAUGGCACAUUGGAAGAGCUGGAACAGAUUCCAAAUCCCGGAGAUAAUCCUGAUCGCAACAAGGACAGACUAAGCUAUACGCAAGGUCCAUAUCAGAUUGACCUCACGCAGGUCAUUCACGGUGGCCCAGGGGGUCGCCAAGAAAAGAAGCAUGAACUCGAAAUCGAAAUUAAUCCAAAACUACUCAUCGACCAAGGCCGAAAAGCUGCCAAUGGUGAGGCGCAUCGUUAUCCAGAGCUCGUGGAAGGUCUCGUCGAUAAUAUACGGGUUCUCACCCGUAAGGCACGGGAUUUUGAACAGCAAUAA